ACAGGGGGUUGGAUUGUGAACUCCUGCCACACAGUACCGGCUGCGGCACUGCCCACCUGUCUUCCGCCAGGUGGAAUUUCGGAAGAAAGAAAUUAAGUGAGUAUCGUUGGUUCUUCCAUUGCAGCUAGAAUUUACUAAGGUUGUUGUGGCAGUCCGUCACCCUGAAGGACAUCAAUGGAAUGUGUUAUUACUCCCGCACUAAUUGAUAUGUGAUGUCGAACAAUGUUUAUGUUUCUAAGAGCCAAGCAGUAAAAUUAUUCCUGGUAGUUUGUAUUGAAGGGAAGGCGAGGCGAUCAGCGGUGACAGCAGCAACGUUGACAAGAGAGACUAGACGGAACGGUAUCGCGUCAGCAGCUGGAAGCAGUAUAGGGACGGCGCUCGUUCUCUCUUUAUUCUGUUGAUUAUUUGUUGCACUAUUAGGAGUUUGUUGUGGUGGCAGCAGUUGGAGAAAGAUUGCGGAGAAUCGGUACACGCGGCAGGAUUGGGACAUGGCUGUCGCGGGGCAGAGUGGCUGACCAUGGUUGCCGCCUUACUCUUUCGGGCUGGCAGCUACAGUUCCCGUCUUUGAAUGGGUGACCAGAUCGAAGAGGUGCCAAACGGUUUGGGACAGCAGGAUCUGGAGAUGGAAGAAGGGGAAAGUGACGGGGGACCGAAACCAGCAACGCCUAAUACAACUGAAACCUUCAUGUGGAUUCACUGUUCUCCGCAUGUACAAAGAGUUGCAAAGGCCAAACACGAAUUUUUAUUUGGAGGGUCAGAAGAAGCAGAAGAAACCACUGCAAAAUAUGCUGUUGAAAAUGACAUUUUGGGAAAAGGGCAACAAGCAUUUGGAAACCAUGCACUGGAUAGCCAAAAUUCAACAACUGAGGUCCUGCUACAGGAGGGAGAUAAAGAUGCCCUGUCAGCGAAGGAGAAGGAGGACAUUAACAAUGCUGUUGGUGAACAAGGGGCCUACCAUCUGGCAAAUGAAGAGAGCAGCAGUGGUUUAAACAUCUUUCCUGAAUAUGGUAACUUUGACCAGACCAGGGAGGUAAAUCUCAGAGCUAAACUAAAGGAUGCAGCAGAGAGUGGGUGUUUGUUAUUAUCACUGUCUAAAACAGAAAAACAUUUUGAUGAAAGACUGUCUCCCAGUCUUUCACAGAAAGAAGGACUAUUGACUAUCACUUCUGAAGGAGAGUCAGCAGAAUUUGUUUACAGGAGUUGCAACUCUUUCCAAGUAGAGAAUGAAAUCCCAUGUUCCAUUCAUGAAGAGCAAGUACAUGAGCUUGAUACAAGUGACAAAAAUAUGGAAAGUUAUCAACUAGAAACAACAAUGGAAACAACUGUAACAUCUCGAGUGUUUGAAAGUAGUACAGGUACAGAAUCAGAAAUUCCAAUGGAACUGGAAAAAAUUAUUCCUUUUGAUGAUGCCAGUGUACAAGAAACUAAUGAUGCACCUCUUUUUAUCUGGGAAGACACAGAUGAAAUCACUGGUGUAGCUGAUUUACCAUUGCCAAAUGAAUCUUUGGUUACUGUAGUUCACAACAAAAAAGCAGUAGAAAGGCCUGCAGUGGGUUCAAGUAAUGAAUUUGUGGGGCAGGAGGAAGUUCUAGAACUGGAUCAAUCAAACAGCCAGAUUCCAUCUAAACUGCUUUUGGAGCCGACUCAGAAAGAAGUGGUCUUUGUUGCUGUAGAUGAAACUGGAUCUCUGGAUAUUGGUCCCAAUAAUAAAGUUGAAAAUGAUCAAGAUUCUAUACAGAAGCAUGCAUCAGCACAACCAGAUACGUGUAGCACUUCAUCACCAACUGUUAACUUCAUCACUGAGGAAGUGAAUGUAGAAAGGGAACAGGAGUCUUGCUCAGCAAGUGUUUCCUGUGUCAAAGAUUUAGUAGAAAUGCGGAUUGAUUCACAAGAGGUUUGUCAACCAGAUCUUGUAAACAUCGGAGAUGAUGACGUUUUUGUUAAGGGUGCAGUAGCACUGGCUAUGAGCCCUGAGGAAGAUGAAUCAUCUCCAAAGACUGAAUUUUCAAGAGAUUUGUCUGAGAGGUUUCAAAGCGUAACUGAAGAGAGCCUUGAACAAUUCCAUUUUGAAGAUACCACUGAUGUUUUCAGUUCUCAGUUUGAAAGCAUCCUGGAGUCAGACCAGUCAAGCAUCUUUAUGUGCUGCAGCUUGGAUUCACUGGAUACACUUUCUUCAGCAGAUGAUACAGAGUCCUACUAUAGCACUGAUAUGCCAUUGACACCAAUGAUCCAACAACGUAUUAAAGACACUGGGAAGUACUUAGAGAGCACCUUAGCUGCUGGGCAGUAUGAGGUGCUGAAGGUUGCAGUAGACAGAGGUGCAGUCAUGGGACCCUUCGUUUUGCCAGACUUAGCUGGAUCCAGGUUAUCCUAUCCUCUGAGUAGCAGCAAAUCUGAGGAAAUGCUGGGACCAGUUGUUCAAAUGACCACUAUUGUAGAUGGACUAAAUGAAAGAACUGAAGUGCAGAAGUGGAGGCAUAUAUCUGGAAGGAAUGUGGAGUUAAGAAGCACACCAUCGGACUCUGACUCUGAAAUGGGAAGCACAGACGCUCUUAGUAAUGGUACAAAGAAAAAGGAUUUGGACGCAGCCCGGAGGCUAGCCAAGCGUCUGUACAAUAAGGAUGGCUUCAGAUGCUCUGAUGUUGCAAAGCACUUGAGCAAAAACAAUGAGUUCAGUAAGCUAGUUGCUGAAGAAUACCUCAAACAUUUCGACUUUGCAGGAAUGACAGUGGACCAGUCCCUUAGACAUUUCCUCAAAACAUUUGCACUAAUGGGAGAGACUCAGGAAAGAGAACGUGUUUUAAACCAUUUCUCAAAUAGAUAUUACCAUUGUAAUCCCAAUGUUAUCCCGUCUAGAGAUGGUGUUCAUUACAUCACUUGUGCACUGAUGCUGCUCAACACUGACCUUCACGGCCAUAACAUAGGAAAGAAAAUGACCUGUCAGGAAUUUAUAUCUAACCUGAGUAGAGUAAAUGGUGGAAAGGAUUUUUCCAGAGAACUGCUCAAGUUAGAGGAGUCACCUCAGGUCAGAAGAGAUCAUCGUUUAACUUAG